CAGAGCCUGAUAGAUACUGUUGUUUUCCCUUUCCCUUUUUUUGGAGACAUAAUUCUCUCUCUCCCUCGGCUCUCCAACUCGCAAGUGGGUGUGUCGAUGAGUAGCCUAGUGCGCACUCAGAAAAAGAGGAAAAAGUUCAUAAUGAGUUUAGUUUGAAAACUGCCCUGAGGACCAGUAUGGCUAUCUGGACUCGAGCAGACAAAAAUGGUCAGCUGGAUCUUUUACUACGGGACCGCUGGAUUCGGGUGGCAGCGGAGCUGUCCCGCGAAACUUUAACUUUGACGGCCGAAGCAGAUUUGAGUGGUCCGGGUGGUAACUUGGAAUACAAUAGCUCGCCGUCUGGUCUACGAAAUGGGUUAUCCAACGGCGGCGAACCUGGAUUAGCAUCAGGACAUCCGAACCGAAACCAGAAUUCCGACAUCCAUCCCAACCAUGGAGGUGCGUUACGACGAAGUGAUAGCCCAGCGCGGGGUGCGCUCAACCGAGGUCAUUUUGAAAACAGCAGCAACUAUGGCUACAACAGUCCAGGAUCUGGCAAGUUCAGUCGAGAUAACGGAGCCAACUCAGACUUUGGGAGUCCUGGGUCUAGUUAUGGUAGCCCGGGGUCUAGUUUUAGCUCACGGCAUGGUGAGACGCCAAAUAGUUUCGAAGCUGACCGAUCAGAGGCAAUACGAAAAGUCAGAGUUGUCAAACAGGAGUCCGGUGGGCUAGGCAUCAGUAUCAAAGGUGGUCGAGAAAAUAGAAUGCCCAUCCUCAUAUCCAAGAUUUUCCCCGGACUUGCUGCGGACCAAAGCCGAGCUCUGCGGGUCGGCGAUGCAAUUUUAUCCGUCAAUGGCAAUGACUUACGUGAAGCCACACACGACGUGGCGGUGCAGGCGCUUAAAAAGGCCGGAAAGGAGGUUACGCUUGAGGUGAAGUACAUCCGUGAGGUGUCCCCGCUCUUCAAGAAGCCCUCCAUGGUGGCCGACCUGCCCUGGGAGGGGGGCACGCGCUCCCACUCCCCCAGCUUCAGUGGGGACGAGCUGCCCCACACCAAGCACGGCGGCCCAGGCAAGGACCGCAAGGUCAUCCCCCUCAAGAUGAGCUUCAUCAGCCGCAACCUCACCAUGCCCGACAUGGAGAACAAGCUGCUGGAGCUGCACUCCCCGGAUGGCCAGCACACAGUGGUGCUCCGCUGCAAGGACGCGUCCUCGGCCCAGGCCUGGUUCACCUCCAUCCACACCAACAUCGCCGCCCUGCUGCCCCAGACCCUCGCCCACGUCAACGCCUACCUGAGCGCCCCCACCGCCGGCACACACACGCACCCCCAGCUGAAGCACAUCGGCUGGCUGGCCGAGCAGGUGCAGUUGGAGGGUGGGCGAGUGCAGUACCGGCCGAUCGUCAUGGCCCUGACGGAGAAGGACAUCCUGUUGUUCGACUCAGUCCCCUGGAGCCGCGACGCCUGGACCAGCCCCCUCCUCACACACCCCAUACUGGCUACCAGGCUGGUCCACUCGGGCAGCGCGCAGGGCUCGCCGGCGCUGGGCGCAGAGCUGGUGUUUGCUACACGUACGGGCACCAGUCGGGGCAUCGAGUCGCACGUGUUCCGCGUGGAGACGCAUUGGGACCUGUCGUCAUGGACGCGGGCGCUGGUGCAGGGGGCACACGCGGCCGCCGAGCUCAUCAAAGAGGUGUCCAUAGGCUGUGCUCUGAACAGGCAGGAGGUGAGGUUGACGCUGCACUACGAUAAGGGCUUCACGGUGAGCAGGGAGCCGGGAGGAGACCCCGCGGGGGGCAUGGUGCUCUUCCGCUACCCCUACGAGAAACUCAAGAUGUCCGCCGACGACGGAGUCCGCAAGCUCUACCUGGACUUUGGCGGACCCGAGGGGGAAUUGGUGUUUGACCUGAGGUCUGGGCCAAAACCGGUGGUGUUUGUGCUUCAUUCCUUCCUGUCAGCUAAACUCACACGCAUGGGUUUACUGACGUGAAUAUGAACAAUAACAGGAACUGCGAUUCCUUUUUAUGUUAUAUAUAUAUAUACAUAUGUCUCAAUAUUGACAUCAUCAUGUAUCACCGCCUUCCGUUUUUAUUUAGACGUUUUAUUUUUUAAACACUUUUUUUGCUUUCUUGUAAAUGAUGCUGUGAGGAUGUAACGGUAUGUUUUGAUGUGUUUGGGUGUGUGUGUGUGUGUGUGCGCAUCUUCGUGUGUGUGUGUAUAGUCCUCUGUGAAUGCCACAAAAUGCCUGUUGGGCUUCACAAAGAGCUGUGAUAGAAUGUGAGUGUGUUUGUGUGUGUGCGAGCGUGUGUGUGUGUGCAUAUUAGUGCGUUUUUGUUUCCAUUUUUAGCAUAUUAUACAAAUGUGACUGUUAUCAGGAUUACCAAAAUGUGCCUUGUUUUAGAGCUAGCGGGGGAGCAAAACAACUCUUAUCUUUUUUCAUUUUUUCCCAGCCUUUUCUGAGGUUAGAGGCUAAAGCAAAGCUAUCUUUGGAGAGAGAAAAAAAGCACACACACAUGCAUAGUAUUACUCUCAUAUAUUUUGUUUAUAAAUUGUUUGUUUGUCUUUUGGACCGACCUUAUGUUUCCACCUUGCUUUGUUACGUAUUUAUAUUUUCCUUCUCUUCAUAUAAGGGCACAGUCAGUAUGAUAUUGUUUAAAAACUAGCCUGGUACAUGUUGACAAGCCACAAAGCCUGAGCUGUCUACCACAGGUGUCAAUCCCGGGUUCAGAAGCCCUGCCAUGUUUUACUUCUGACCAUUGAUUUCACCAAAGUUGUUCUACCCGCGUAAGCUGAGCUAACUGAGCUAGCUUAGCUGAGCUAACUUCAUUGCAGUCAGCUGAUUCACUGUCUGUUGGAUAAAGUUGUGGCAGGAACUUUGCCUGAGAUGGACACCACUGCCGUCUUACCCUGUGUGGCCUCCAACCCCUGGUGUUGUUAAUAUAGUAGCCUAUUCCUGCUUCUGCCUUUCCUCUGCUCCGUUAAUCAAGUUAGAAGUUGUAUGGUUUGGGGUAGUCAAGUUGAAAAAGUUUGUGUGUGUGUGUGUGUAUGAUGUGAGAGGGGAGGAGGAUGACUUGACUUACUACCAGAGGUAUCAAUCCCGGGUUCAGAAAGUUCAAACUGUGCCACAAAUUUGAUCCAACCAGCGUUGAAUGACCUGAUCAUGACAGGUAGAGCCAUGGAUGCAUUCCAAUAUGCAGACUCCCGUCCUCGGCCUGUGCUUGUGGCCUCGUGUUUUGCCGACGCCCCGCCUCCAUGGAGAAAACAAUUCAGUUUCCCCGCUGUCAGCCUAGCCACAAUAACUGUUGGGGGACUGUUCUUUAUUCACCAUCCCAAUCGCAAAUGAGAAAAUGACAUUAGAAUUGUCCUUUUGAAAGAUAUUGAAUUAAACUUCUGUCAUGACAUCCUGACGACAUCAAAAGGCCACACGCAGGCAAGUGAACAAGUGAGGACAGGAGUCCGCAUAUUGGCCAACCGGGGACAGGAAGUCAGUAGGUGACAUGAUUCAAGUAGAUUCAAAUAGUUCCAGGUGUCUGUUUGCAUAACAAGCAAAGAUUAAGUAGAAAUGAAUUACAUUUACCUUUAUCACACUUUCUGUGUUUUACACCCACUUCCCGGAACAAGUGGAACUAUGUGGCAAGGGCAGUCUGUGGUCAAUGGGAUCAGCUGAACUGGGGUGAGUUUCUCAAAAGAGUUGAUAGCCUGUUAGCAACUUCGGUAGUUUCCAAUGGGAAAAUGCAUUGAAAACAACAAAGUAGCUAGUAAGCAACUUUGGUUUUGAGAAAUUCGCCCCUGUGUUGUAAGGAAACCGUGGCAGGGACUUUUACUUUCUCAACUGGGAUUGACACCUCUGCUCACUACUAUGCAGCAGCUAUUGCAAUCAGUCAAUGCACAAGUGAUGCUUUUCCCAUUGGAGACACGCACAAUGCAGAGAGCCAAAAAAGAUAUAUUUUACUUGCGCACUCCCUCACAUCAUUGCCAUCAUUCCUUCUCUUUCUUUGCCUUGUGUCGCAGUGCUGCAUCUAAUCUGUCAGCUGCGACUGAUCCCGUGAUAAGGAUUGUCUGUGCAGUCGCCCAGUGUUAGGGUAGAGUUGCUGACGGUGGGAAGGCUGUAGAAUUGACUGUGAGAUUGUUGAAUCAUGUUUUCACAUUUGUGUGUGUGCUAAUAUGUGCGUGUGUGUUUGUGUGAGGGUAGGUGUGUGUAUGUGUGUGUCUUUAGGGACUUCUGUGUGUAACACAGCAGUUGAAAAGGGCUUCAAAGCUUUUUCGCCUCUCAAUCUCAUUUUCCAGCCCCUGGCUUGGCUCCCCAUCCUCCUCCCCCUCUCCUUCCCCGUUUACUCCUCUCUUUUGGGCUUUGCAGCGGUCUGAGAAAUUAUCCCUUCAUCUCCAUUCAAAUGCACAUACGUUUCCAAGCGUCUGUUUUCCACCACUUGUCAAGGUUAAUAGUAAUCAGUGAGAGGAGCCCAUCAGGCACUGACUAUAUGGGAUGGGAUCACCUCGGCGCCCCCUGUGGCCACUUUUAGAAGUUACAUGAUCAUGAUGUGCCAAGUCUGAUCCUGGCAUUUUGUUCGGGAGGGACUUUUGAAGAGGAAACGUGUGAGUUACUUUUAGGGCUGCUAUGCUAUUCAAGGUUUUAUUUAUGAAAAUCAGCAAUCAAAUAACAAACAGGAAAAGAAAAUAAGACGCCUUAAGAAACGACAUUCCUUCAAUUACAUGCACUUGCCAUCCGAGUUUUGGGUGGCCAAAAGAAAAAAAUGCUCCCUGGAGCACAUUCCUCAUCCCCUCUUCUUUUUUUUGUGUGAAAGCGCACAGGCGAAGUAAUGUGUCAGGUUGAAGAGACAAGCCAGUGCAGAUAUAGUUUCUAAAUGGGGCGCGCUCAAUGCCUUUCAGACUGAAAAAGCAAAUCCCAUAAUUUAUUGAUUAAAUGCUCUGUGCAGUAGUAGUGGCAGCACAGAUACGCACACAAACCACCUAUUUUGUCUUUCCCUGAGCAAGGUGAAGGUGUCAUCACAGCAGCACAAAUAAAGACUCCAUGAAGGAAGUUUUGAUAUCUAAGGUGGAGCAGAGGGAUACCAUGUGCAAAGUCAUUGCUGUCAGUAUGGAUAUACAAUGACGUCCCUGAAAGAGACCAAUGCAGUCCAGUCAUUCCUGAGGCCUUGUAUGCUUACCAUGAGCAGAAUAAUGUCCAUGUCCUUGUUUUUCCCCAAAGAAGAAUACCACUCACAUAUUAUGCAAGAGGGAAUAUGUGGAAAAGAUGGGGUUCAAGUGGCAGGGUGUGAAAACGUUUUGUAUGCAAUACUUGUCAAAUCCUGUUUUUGCUUCCACUUUGUGUGUGUGUGCAUUUGUUUGUGUCUAUGUCUGUCAGGGGCUCUUUUUAGGGGGUUCUCUCUCGUUACAUGCUGGUCCUUUGGUCCUAGGAGUAUGGCAUGGUUAGGAAACCCAUAGCCCCUCUUUUGUGUGCCUGCUGGACCCUCAGCAGUGGUGUGGGGUAUCAGCUCCGGUGUAGUCUCUCUCAAAGGGCCUGUUCUGUUCUCCCUCAGGUCUCUGUUGAGAGACAGGGACUUGGCGCGUAGUAACUGACAACACCACCACCACCUAAGCUCCAGGCUUGCGGCACUCUGAGCCAGUCCGGGCAAGCAGUUGGGCAGGCCAGCAAAGGCUCUCCCUGUAGUCGUGUCAAACCCCCAAGUUUUUUUCCCCUGCCGCUCCACAAAAAGGUCAAGCCUUUUUGAAGGAUGGGGUUUCUCCUGACAGAGAGCUGUUCUCUCUGUCUCUCCCCCAGUCCCCCAUGUUUGCCAACUCUCCUGCAUGCUGUUAUCAAUGAGGAUACCCUUCUCCUGAUGUAAUCAGCUCACAGUUUGUCUUCAGUCAGCAUCAGCAUGCACACACAGUUCUUCUCCAUGGCACCUGGUUGGAGUGAUUGUAACAUCUGACCAGAGGUGGGCAAAGUUGCUGUGUUCUCAGCACAGGUGAUAUCAGAGACAUAGAGUGGAUCUAUGGGAGAUCUCACUCAUAGAGAGCCUAAGUCAUGCUCCUUAUGGUGAGGUCCAUCAUGGGAACUAAACAUUGCCAUCUAAAGAAUACUGGACCAAGCAUCCAGAGAAAGGCUCUGGCAUCCAUUUCAUUGUAUUGUAUUUUUGUAGGGAUCAGUGCUUAGGUCCCAUGGGCCCAACCGGAACUAAGCAUGACUUCAGGGGAUGAUAGGAAACUUUUUAAGCAAUGUACCUGGGCAACGAUACUAUAAGAUGUUUUUUUUCCCCGUUAUGUUUAUCAGUAAUACGUCCAUCAACGGAACUUGAAUAAGCAACAGACAACUUUUUUUUUUUUUUUACCAUUUCCACAGAAUAUUCAGAGCCUAAAAAAUGGACAUCAAUCAUGACGUUUCCCGGCAACAUUGCUUGAAAAGUUGCCCUUUGUGUCAUCAUUCAGCCUGUAGGAUCUGCCCAGGAUCUGCAUGAGUAAGUUAGCUGGAGCAAAUGCCAUGAAGUAAACCAUGGAAGUAAGAGUUCAAAUAGCUAUGACGGGGCUUUUACUUCCUGGACCCGGGAUGGCCACCUCUGCUUGUUAUCACCUGUCUAAUUCUGUGAUGAUCUCAUUAACCAAGAAUGUAACAAACGCAGCAGCCACUCUGGAGAUAUUUGGACUGAUUGAAGAGAGACAAAGUGGUGUUAUAAUGCGUUUUCUUUUCUUUUUUUCCCGAUGCGUGUCUGUUAUGAGUUCAGUGCUUUGGCAUGUGGCCAUUUUGGGCUGAAUUUUUAGUGUUUCAUAGGACCUUUUUUCUUUUCUUUUUUAAACCAAAGGUUAUUAUCUGUGGCAGCUUGCGUGACAUGCAAUCAUUUAUCAGUUUUUUAAAAAAGGAACAAAAAAAAGAACGAAGUAUAGGAGAUACACUGCUGCUGCAAAAGUUGUUUUAUACAAAAAACAUAUUUUAGUCUUGAAAGCCUGCACUCCUAAGAUAUGCAAAAAAUGUCUCUCAAGAAAUGUGCUCUCAUGAAACUGUAAAUAUCUGAAUAAAACAACUACACAUCAGUA